UCGCUACACGCCUACAGUACGGACAAUAGCAACAUUGCCACAUAAUCAGAACCGACCGGGCCACCGUCGCUUCCAUCAAUACCUUGUUGUAAUACCACUCGAUCGCCUCUUAACCAACAGAGGCAAUCUUCCAUUCCUUCCUAGAUUUUACUUCUAAUUAUUUUUUUUUCUCCCGCCGUGGCGAUUCGGAUCGCCUGCCAGGACUUUGCCUAGGUGGCCAAUUUGAUUCACGGCAGAUUAUCACACCACUUUGAGCAAUGGACACCGGAGGUCUUGCUCAAAUGUCGCACAACGGCUUCACUUCCCCGUCGGGUUUGGGCAUGCCCACCGGAGGGUUGGCCUCUCGUCGCAGCGGCGGCCAGAACAUCAAGCCGCUGUCCUUCGAUGCCAUGAAGGCCUCGGCCGACACCAAGGACAACGGUGCUCCGACUCCGCGCACCAGCCGGUCUCACCUGCUUGCAGGUCUCAGGACGGCCCCCAAGUCCGCCACCGCAACCUCGUUCGCUACCUCGCCAACUUCUGCCGUCCCUCCCUCCCACGUACACGGGCGGGGCAGCGUUCCUGGGAACGUGUACGGUGGCCAGGACGGCAUGUACAAUGGGCCCAAAACUUCGCUUCCGCGCAUCGCAUCGCAGCAAGCCCACAACUCCCUGAUGGGUAUGGGCCCGCAGCAGUACACGGCCGAGCAAAUCCUAGCCCCCCCCGAGCUUUAUCUGGACGAGCAGGUCCAGAACCAGAUGGACCCUUCCCUGUACGCACAGCUCGUGGCGACUAACCUGUUCUUGGCCCAGCAACAGCAGCGUCUGCAACAGCAGCUGCUCAGUGUUCAAGCUGCUGCCCAGCAGUUCCAAAACAUGAGCCUGAGCGGCCAGUCGGUUUUGCAGCAGCAGAUGGCGCUGCAGCAUUUGUACCAGCAGCAGCAGCAACUCAAGGACCUGCAGCAAUCCAUAGCUACAUCGAUGCCUACCCAGCAGAACCUGUAUACCUACUAUGACCCUGCGACUGGCCACCAGAUGUACUAUGUCGACCAGAACGCCGCCCAGGUGAAUAACAGCAGCUACGUAGACAACACUCCGGCUACUCCGAAGGGAUUCAAUCGUCAGCAGAACGGCAAUGGCACGCCCCGUGUCCAGGUUUCUCCUCCUCCCGUGGAGAUUAGCCCGCCUUCUUUCCGAACGACUUCGCCUCCGAAGAGGGUGGAGCUGGUCGUGGAGCCAACCCCCCUCCCUCCGCCGUCUGCUAAUGCCUUCCGCCGUGGCCAUAAGAAGUCGUCGUCUCUGGCUAAUGGCAACAAGGGUCUGUCCUUGUCGACGGACGAGCCCCCCAAGUCGGCCGGUCCGAAGACCGCCUCGUUCCCAUUGACGCCUCUGACUAACGGUAGCUAUGGCCCGGGCCAGGGUCGUGCUGGUGAACACCCAAUUCGGCAACCCCGCGGACCUCCCGCCUCGGAGGAGCUCCUAGCGAAACCGACUGCCAAGCACGAAGGCAGCAAGAAUUUUGCCGCACGGACCCGACGCUCUGCCGUCCACAAUCUCGUCAAGGCUAGGAUGGUUAGACGGAAGGGUACGGGUAGCAGCUGCGGAAGCAUGAGCCCCGUAUCCGAGACUGCUGAGGAGGUCGACUCUCCGCUAACCGAUAACGAGUCUGACUCUGGACGUAGUGGCUCAGGUAGCCUCUCCGGAGACGCGGAGCCGAGUCUCGCUAGUUCCCGGACUUCAACCAGCGGUAGCUGGGGGGCUAUUGGUUCCGAUCGACCGGGUUCGCGUCAGAAGUCGCGCAAGAGUGUCGACAGCCUCUCCAGCGUGGGUGAGAGCGAGGGCAGCUUCGCGAGCGUGUUCAAGAACGGGGCGCAGCGGUCAAGCAAGACUGAAUCAGCUGACGGGCAACGAAAAGCCCCGAUGCUCGUUCUCACCAGCGCCGAGAAGCGCAAGGGGGGCAUUGCGGUGGCUUAAGGCAUAGCCGGCCUAUUUUUCACGCAAUAAUGAUCACAUGCUCCCAACGUCUCUGUCUUUUCACGACCAUCGCGGCGGAGUGGUAGAUCCCUCUUAGCAGAGAUUACGUACGAAGGGACGGGACCGGAUUGGAGAACAGAAUGGACAUUUCUUUCGCGCUUUUGAUUUCGGGAGGUACUGGACGCUGGAUUCUGGGGGACGGUCGGCACUUCGCGGUAUCGAGUUUCGUUUGCAAUGCCAAGGACCUCUCGAGUCAGCAUCCAGCGGAGGUAGGUACACUUCUUCGAGGAGGCCGAUGUUUGGAGAGGAAGAGCCCGUGGAUGGGAGGGACACUUUGCUGUUUAUACUUCACGUCAUUCUCUCAGCCAAACCGCACAUUCUUAUUCGUCGUCAAAUGCGUUGAGUUUGGAGGGAAAUUGACCAAGGGAGCAUCGCACUUACGACACCUGUGGAUGCUUUUCCUUCACCCAUUGUGUAGACUGAUGCUCAAGUUUCAACGGCGAGAGCACCUAAAUCAAUAGAGGCACUUAUCAGACGCCUCAGGUAGUGAUGAUUAGCUUAAUUACAACUGCCUGUUAAGUCUCCCGACGGGAGUUGCCUAUGCUGUGAACUGGGUUGGAUAUUGUCUCGGGCGAAGAUAAGUAGUAUCGUCAGUUCGCUUACCAUGAGCCCGGUUGUAAAAAUAGAUCUACCCAGUUGCGGACGCAGCGAUGAUUAGCUCGAUGAGAGACUCAUAGCACU